UUACCAAUUUAACCCUCUAAUCACUACAUAUCUCUAAAAAUACCAUUAAUUCAAGAAAGACUUCCACAAAUAUAGGACUCAUCACUCCACGUUCUUAGUCAGUUCCCUCGCAUUUCAAACUCCACUUUAUAGUAAAUCCAAACUCAUCACCAUUUUGAAGAUAACCCAUUAAUCAUGAACAGUGAUCUCUCCAAAGACAAGAAAUCCAAAUGGGUUAUUCUACGAAGGGCCAGCUUGAUCUUAUCAAGUGUCUUAAACCCUACCAAAAAAUCUUUACCUAAAGAUGUUCAUCACUCAAAAAUCUUGAAAAGAAUUGAAUAUGGUGAGACAAAUGGAGAUAAUAAGAAGAGUUCAGAAUCAGUUAAGAGACGUGUGCAGAUUGAGAAGGACGAGCAAAAGAAGAAAAACAAGUCUGUAACGAGAUUCUUCCACAAGAAAAGCUACAGUUUCAACUGCAUGGGAGGGGGGAACGUGAAGAAAUUUGAUGUGAAUAGUAAUUUUAGCGCUGGUUUAAACAGUUUCACAGGUCAAAACAGUUCGAACUCAGAUGGUAGAAUUGGUGAUAUAAUGGCUCGUAGUCUGCCGAGAGUUCCGUCGAGAAUAAUGACGACGAGGCAGAGAUUGAAAAUGGCUCAUUCAUUGACGAAGAUGGGAAGCAGCAGAAGAAGAUCCAUAAGGGAUGAUGGUGACGGUGAUGGUGAUGAAAAUGCGUCGCUGAUAAGGUGCGAGGGUUUGAGAAAUUCUGAGGGGCGUGAUGGAGGAAUUGAGCUGUGUAAGAAGAGGAUUUUGAUGGGUGGGAAGUGUAGGCCAUUGAGUCAUUCUGGUACUCUUGAGUAUGAUGGAGAUGGGUUUUUGUUACCCGAUAUUAUUUCUGAUCUUCAUUAGUUCUUAAGGAAUUGGAGUUUUUUUC